CCGAACGAACCUCACUGCCAGCACUGGUCUAGUGCCCCAUAUUCUAUCUCGAGGGGAGUACUAGCAACACAGCCUGCGCGAUUCUCGCUCUGUUCGUCUCGAUUCCACGCUCUCCGGUUGUUGAGCUGUCGGGAUUGUGACAUCACAGCCACUCUCGGUCAAUCCGACAUCCCUGCACUUCGCGAUACAACCAGAUCUGCGCGUGAAGGGGCUUCUUAAUAGUUCGCCGAUACGCAUACCUACACUUCAUCUCCACUCCUUAAACUUUCGAGGUUUCAUGAUGUCUGUUUCUACGCUUGCGCGGGAUACUGCCUUCCAGGCGCGGUCUCUGUUUCGCUCUCUGCUUCGUCAGUCUUCUCAGUUCUCAAACUACAAUUUUCGCGAAUACGCCCUUCGGAGAACCAAGGAUGCUUUUCGGGAACAUCAGCAUGAGAGCGAGGAACGGAAGAUACAGGAGUUAAUCCAGGAAGGCUUGCAAAGUUUGAGAAUGAUGAAGAGGCAAACCGUUAUAAGCCAGUUUUACCAACUGGAUAAAUUGGUCGUAGAGGGUCAGAAGACGGGGAAGGAAACUGGACAAGAAGGCGGCAUUGUCCGUCAGAAGGACACCGGUUGGGACUGAUUCAUAAAAACAUAUACCUGUUCGGAUUACACGAAAGCUACUCUUAAAGCCGUGGACCUACAACACAGAUAUGUGACUUGAAAAGCCUGUGACUGUCAGGGAGCGAUAACAGUAAUGGUGGUGGUGGUGAUGAUGCAGGAGAAUGGAAUAGAUCUGGAAAUUACCUGUACUUUUAUUCAGAACCACCUUAUCAUGUCGUUAGCUUUGUUGCGCAUUUUGAGAACAAUCUUCUCUCUGUACAAGUCAAGGAGUACUUCUGACACGAAUGAUAUGGGCGUUGUAGUCGC